AGACGGGUGCGAAAAAAGUGCUCUUUAUCUUUUUAUUCUUUUUUAAACAUUAGAACAGAGAAGUUAGCAUGGCUCAGCACAAGAAUGACACUCUCGACUCUGUUCGUCUUCCGUUAAAUCUAUCCACUUCAUUACAGAUCGGGCAGUGUUCCAAAGGCCGUAGUAAUCCCUAAAAAGAUUACAUUGAGGAGUCUGCUGGUUGUCAAAGUCGCUAGGCAAUGGCCUUGGUCGUUGUCUGUAUCGCUUCAUUCGGAUUUCAGUACAACAAUCUGACUGGGGCUUGUCGCCUUUUGUUCCAGGAACUUCUUACUAAAACUAGUGCCACACCCGUUGCUUGGUGGAGGGUGAAUAUAGAGCGUGUUACUAGACGGUGGGAUGGUCGUAGCCGUUUGAAGCCAGUCGAUACGUUCUUGGUCAUUGGAAUUGGUGUGGGUUGUUAUAUUUGGUCGGGAUCUGAUGACAGUAGGAAGUUUAGUGCCCGAAUGCAUCUUGCAGCCAUAGAUUGGCAUCCUGUUGGACAGCUACCUCAUCUACACGGAAUGUUAACCUUAAAGCCAAUACUCGUCCAGGUGCGGUUGCUACGAUUCUACUGCCAGGGAUUAUCAGGUUCUGUAUUGAAGAUGGUUUAUCGGAAUUUACUUUUUGGGCCAGGAUGUGCUUCCACCUUCUCGUGGUCUGGCCUGUUAACCAGCUAUUUUAUGUUGGGAACUAGGAGAAGCACUUAUUACCUUCAGUAUAAGAUAAAAUGCGGAGAGCUUAAAGAGAUUCUUGUCCAAAGGAUGUGA